CGAGGCCGGACUGAGCGCCUGCUUCCGGGACGGAGCGGGCCGCCGUGUUUCCGGCGGCGGGGCGGGGCGGGGCGCGAGCCCGGAAGUCCGCCGAUGGUCGUAGGUCGCGUCUGGGUGGCUGCCCGGGUCGGCCGGCGAGUUUUAAGAAGAGCAUUUUCAUUGCAUAAACCAUAUUCAAUAAUGGAUAUGGAAAAUACUUUACAGCUGGUGAGGAAUAUCAUCCCUCCUCUAACCACCAAGAAGCACAAAGGUCAGGACGGAAGAAUAGGUAUAGUCGGAGGCUGCCAGGAGUACACAGGAGCCCCCUACUUCGCAGCAAUUUCCGCUCUCAAAGUGGGUGCAGAUCUAUCGCACGUGUUCUGCACGCGGGAGGCUGCUCCCGUGAUCAAGUCGUACAGCCCGGAGCUGAUCGUUCACCCCGUUCUCGACAGCCCCAGUGCCGUGCGGGACGUGGAGACAUGGUUGCCCCGACUGCACGCCCUGGUGGUAGGACCUGGCCUGGGCAGAGACAACGUUCUUCUCGAAAACGUUAAGGUAUGUGCAGGUCCUCGGAGCCUCCAAAAUAAUUUACUUGAAGGAGAUAGGAGUUUAAAGGGCAUCUUAGAAGCAUCCAAGGCCAGGGAUGUCCCCAUCAUCAUCGAUGCGGAUGGGCUGUGGCUCAUUGCUCAGCACCCGGCCCUCAUCCACGGCUACCGGAAGGCCGUUCUCACUCCCAACCACGGGGAAUUCACCAGACUCUCUGAUGCCGUGCUUAGGGACCUUGUGAACGGCAGUGAUCAUCGUGAAGGCAGUGAUCAUCGUGAAGCCGUACGGAGACUCAGCCAGGCCUUGGGGAACGUGACCGUGGUCCGGAAAGGGGAGCGGGACGUGAUGUCUGACGGCGAACACGUGCUCGAGUGUGCCCACGAAGGCAGCAGCCGCAGGUGUGGCGGCCAGGGAGACCUGAUGUCAGGCGCCCUGGGUGUCCUGGUGCACUGGGCGCUGCACGCCAGCCCUGAGAAGACAAACGGGUCCAGCCCUCUGCUCCUGGCCGCCCUGGGCGCAUGCUCUCUCACACGCCAGUGCAGCCACCAGGCUUUCCAGAAGCACGGCCGCUCCACCACCACCACCGACAUGAUCGUGGAGGUCGGGCCCGCGUUCCGCAGACUCUUCGAAACCUGAGCCGAGGCAACGGGAAGCAGGCCGCACCACGGAUGGGGACGCUGCAUUUGUCGUGGGUCCCCGUCCUCGGGGUACGAGAGCAGCAUGAUCCACAGGUUGGUUUUGGCCUUAAUACGUAGCUAUAGGUGUUACAGGGACACUGAACGGGAUUCCUGAACUUUCCUGGCUGUUCAGCAGUGAUGGAGAGAAAGACGUACACGGUCCCGGCCGCUGAGCUGGUGCUGUGGACUCGGCCUGCUUCCUGUUUCUGUGAGGAGCUCCCCGUGCUAGAUGCCCCCCCACGGGGAUCCCCUGGGUCCUGUCUAAAUACCUGCACGAUGAUGAGCUGUGCUUUUUAAAAUUGAGGCCCACCGGGUGGCAUGGCCUUCGUUUUCUCGUUCACGUUUGCUUUUUAAACACUGAUUACAUUGAAACCCGGCAGAAAUAAGCAUUGGUGGUUUGGGCUAAUGGAAGCAUUUCAGAACAAUCAGUGAUUGGUUUUUGGAGGAAACGACACAGCCCUGAGCGGUGGGUGGGGUUCCGACGUGGCCCAUCGGGGCACGGGGACUGAACACGGUCAGACAGCAGGGCCCUCCUGGUUGGAGGUGGUGUGUCCUCAGGAGCAGAUUCCGGUCAAGAAGUUGAUGUCUGUGUGAUGCCUGGGCAGCCGCUCGUGACCCAUGUGGUUCCUUCAAACGCCAUUUUCCCCUGAUGUUUGGGGUGAUACUGUGUGACCCCUGACCUCAAAUGGAUCCUUCCUUUAAAGCCACAUUUCUUAAAAACCUGUCUCUCCCUCCCCA